AUGGAUCGCGAGACUCAUGAGUUUGGACCUAGACAGAGUGGAUCAUUUGGUCGAGCAAGUAGUGCCAAUUCUUCUUUAAGGAGGCGGUCUUCAAAUUUAUCAUCAAUCCAACAUCUAGUAGAUGAUGAUGUUGAAAGUGAGUCCGUUUCUGAGGCAGGUGAUAUUGGGGAUCGAGCACUUUAUAGCCAUAGGUACAGUGAAAGCGGGAGGCAUCGUUUCUCUUUCGAUAAUGUAACAGAAAUUGCAGUUGUCGUUCCCAUUCAAGAAGAUACUGCUGUGAAUACUGCUUCCCCUAUACCAGCAUCAACUUUGCAAACUAUAUCUCCCCUUUCGACUGAUGCAAUUCACCCAUCUAAAGAUAAAAAGAAAGAGCAUGAGAAAGAGGGGCCAGGUUUGUUGAAGUAUGGCCAAUGUCUCCUCAGUCUUGCAAUAUUUGGAAUUCUUGGGGUUCUAGCAAGGUAUGCUCUCGAAAAGCUAUUUGGACCACAGGUAGUGGGUGCUACAAGUGACCAAAACUAUAUGUAUCCUGAUCUUCCUUCAAACAUGGUUGGUUCAUUCUUGAUGGGUUGGUUUGGUGUUGUUUUCAAGGAUGAUAUUGCGAAAGUUUCAGACGAGUUGGCUAUUGGAUUGUCGACUGGUUUCUUAGGAAGUCUUACAACAUUCAGUGGCUGGAAUCAGAAAAUGCUGGACCUAAGCCAUGAAGGACGUUGGGUGUUUGCUUUUCUUGGCAUUCUUAUAGGCUUCUUACUAGCUGCCUCUUCAAUCGUAUUUGGAAUUCAUACAGCCAAAGGUUUUAAAUGGCUUCUCAUAAGAUUGGAUACAAGUUCUAAUGGUGUCAUCUCUAGGUGCACGAGUAUUCGUAAUUUGCACAAACAGCAUUGCCCAUUGACAGGCCUUGUGGUGAUGUUAUUGACCCUCGGCAUAUUAUUGAGCUCGUUUGGGAUUUUAGCAAAGCGCAAGUUCAACAAUGACAGCUCUGAAGCUCAGCUAUUCUUGGCUUGUAUAAUCGGACCUCUUGGUGUCUGGAUCAGGUGGUUCUUAGCUCGUUUUAAUGGACGUGGUGGAUCGUUAAAAUGGAUUCCUUUUGGGACUCUCACUGCCAACAUUCUUGCUGCUUGUAUCAUGGCUGCAUUGGCAACACUUAAGAAAACGGUUGAUACCAAGAAUUUUGAUACCGUGGCAUCAGCAUUACAAUUUGGACUACUUGGUUGUCUAAGUACUGUUUCUACUUUCAUCGCUGAAUUUCAUAAAAUGAUGCAGAGCAAGCACCCAUGGAUGGCAUAUGCUUAUGCUAGUAUCACAAUUGGUAUUUCAUUUAUUUUGGGAACUCUGAUAUAUUCUGUACCUUCUUGGGCCAAGGGAUAUCACUAA